GCGCUAUUUGGUGUUUUUCAACUGCCAACAACGGUCUUACAGAAUUAAAGACAAAAACGCAAUCGACUAAAGUAAUUAGUUAAUAACUAGCUGUCUUUGUUGCGCGUAAACACGGACUUUCCCCAGAACGAAGCUAAUUUGCCCAAGUCGUGCAUCCAAGCUUUUCACAGAUUUGGAAAAACCUGUUUCGCAGUGCUUGUGACUCAUCAGUUUUCGCAGGCUCAAGGAGAGAACUUAGCCAUGGACGCCACUAACAAUGGAGAAUCCGCCGACCAGGUGGGCAUCAGGGUGGGCAAUCCGGAGCAGCCCAACGAUCACACAGAUGCCCUGGGCUCCGUGGGAUCCGGAGGAGCGGGUAGCAGCGGCCUGGUCGCAGGAUCCUCGCAUCCUUACGGCAGCGGAGCCAUUGGGCAGCUGGCCAACGGGUACAGCUCACCCUCGUCCAGCUACCGUAAGAAUGUAGCCAAAAUGGUCACCGACCGCCAUGCAGCCGAGUACAACAUGCGCCACAAGAACCGCGGAAUGGCACUGAUCUUCAACCAUGAGCACUUCGAGGUGCCCACCUUGAAGUCUCGCGCGGGAACCAAUGUGGACUGCGAGAAUCUGACUCGGGUGCUCAAGCAGCUGGACUUCGAAGUGACCGUGUACAAGGACUGCCGCUACAAGGACAUUUUGAGGACAAUCGAGUAUGCAGCGUCGCAGAAUCACAGCGAUAGUGAUUGCAUCCUGGUCGCCAUCCUGUCGCACGGCGAGAUGGGCUACAUCUACGCCAAGGACACACAGUACAAGCUGGAUAACAUCUGGAGCUUCUUCACGGCCAAUCACUGCCCCUCGCUAGCCGGCAAACCCAAGUUGUUCUUCAUACAGGCCUGCCAGGGCGACAGAUUGGAUGGCGGAGUGACCAUGCAGCGUUCUCAGACGGAAACCGAUGGCGACUCCUCGAUGAGCUACAAGAUUCCAGUGCACGCCGACUUUCUGAUCGCCUACUCGACGGUUCCUGGAUUCUAUUCGUGGCGCAACACCACCCGCGGCAGCUGGUUCAUGCAGAGCCUGUGCGCCGAACUGGCGGCCAAUGGCAAGCGGCUGGACAUCCUGACCCUGCUCACAUUCGUGUGCCAGCGGGUGGCCGUGGACUUUGAGUCCUGCACCCCGGACACUCCGGAGAUGCACCAGCAGAAGCAGAUACCCUGCAUAACCACCAUGCUGACGCGCAUUCUGCGUUUCAGCGACAAGCAGUUGGCACCAGCCGGACGGGUUUGAUGGCUAAUGGUAUGGAUCAAACGGUGGGUACGGCGAGGUGUGUGAUAAACCAAGUCGCAAUUAAGUUAGAACCUCAUGGGCUAUCGGCCUUGCAGCAUAUUUUUUAUACAACACUUUUUUAACCUGCCCAAUUGCUCGACGAGAUUGGUGCCACUGCCCGUUUUAUUUUAUUUAGGCACAAAGUAUCUUUCGAUUGACAUUUAUUAAUGUCGCAUUUACUCGUCUGUAUUUAUAUUUUUUGGGGUGGGUAGAGUAGAUCGAUUUAACUUAGAAAUCUAAGAGGUUUUUACUCCGGCCAAAAUUUUUUGACAAUUUUAACUUGCCAACUGAACAAAGACGAUCUCAAAAUUUUAAAUUCUCUACUAAACCUUAUCAUAGAACAACUUGCGCCUCUUUGAUUCUCGAUCAGGAAUGUCGGCCCACCCUUAUCUAUAUCUACCUUAGACCAUUUACAGACAAGACCUUUUUACAAUUUUAUACACAUAGAUAUCUUUAUAGUAUAAGCCUGUGUGUCAUGGUCGUCCAAAACGAAAACAAACGAUUUUAGCCUGUAGUCGAGUGUUUUAUGAACAAUAUAUACUAUUUCUAUGCCAUUUGUACUCUUAUAUAAUGCACAUUAGCAAAUGUUCUCCUUUCAAGUUAACCGCUAAUAAAUCCGAUUGAAAAC